GCUGCUUCCCAGCCUUCGAAGUCAGGGAGCACUUUAACCCUGUGUAUGAAAGAAGUGUUGCUUUUAGGCUUAGAAGUUAGGAGGAGUUGAGUGCAGGGAAGGAUUGUGCUUCUGACUCCUGGAAUGUCAGGGAAAAGAAAGGCAUUUCACCUCUCACCCUUUCCUUCACAUGCUUGCUAAUUAGAACUAGAUGGAUAUAGCCGGUGCUAAUGCAGUGUGAUGGGUGUUCCUCUGAAUUGGAUGCAAAUAUUUGCACUUUUAAGUAUUAAAAGUUGCAACGUACCUGUGGUCUUGAGCCAAGAAAAAUAUUUCCGUGUAGGCAGAGGAACUGUUUGCUGAUGGUUAAGUCUGACAGUCUGCUCAUGCACUGGAUCUAGUGGGAGAAGACCAGAGUAACAGCACUCCAGCUACCCACUUGUAUAGGAAUAAUUGAGUCAACAGCAGGUUUUGGUAGAGUGAUUUGUACAGCUUGGAUACUUGAAAUAUUUUUUAAAAUGUUGUAUAUUUCUGUUGUGGUUGUGACAAGUUUUACACGUUCUUCUGGUCUAACUGUAAAACAAGUCAUCAGUGUGGACCCUGUUAGUUGUGAUUCUCCAGAGUGUGUUGUACCAGGGAUUCUCCCAAGUAUUUAGUAGGUAUUACAGAAUAUGGACAGGUCAGCUAUAAAACCAGCUCCUUUUCAGAAAAGGAUAAUAUUUACAACAACAGUAGCUGGGGUCAAAACUUGUAGGGACUUUAAAUGUUACUGACCAGUUCCUUAAAUUAACAAGCGAUAGUAGCUAUUUUAGAGUUACUAAUAUAUGGCAGUAUUUGAAUGCAUCAAUUAUACAAAAUUUAAGAAAGUAGAGGUCUUUUAUGAUAGAUAUUUUCUGAAACAGCACCUAACUAAUGACUGUAUAUUGUGAUAGUAUUGCUUGUUUCUUUAAUCUUGUGUUGGCUUAAUUUUGGCAAUUGCUUGAAAGUUAGUUGUGUCUUCCUGAUAAAAUCCAAGCACUAGUAACAGUAAAUGUAUCCAUGUGCUAGAUACAGACUAGUUUAAAGAUGAUGGGAGGGGGAAAGGAUCUCAGACGUACUUCUUGUUUUAUUUGUCAGAUUUUAUUUUCUUUUAGUACAAUUUAGCUGUACUUAGGACUGCUGAUUUUUUUUAAUUGGGGUAUUAAAACACUAUUUCAAAUAAGUUUGUUUUUAUAAAUUAUUAUAUUUUUAUUCAAAUACAGUACUGAUAGGCACGUCUGGGAGCAAAUGUAAUUUUCCAUUGAGAAUGACUGGCUAAACAUGUUCACUAUAUUUUGUCUUUAAUUUCAACAGAAUAUAAGUGAGGAUUACUCAUGGCCCUGAUUAAUUCAUAAUUUGUGUGUCCUGUGUUUAGGUUUAACCUUAGAAAUGGAGCGGUACAUAGGAUGUGAGAUUUCUAAAGUGCCUUUAUCUAAUAUUGCUCAGAGGAUUAUGACAGCUUUGCAGUCUAUUCCUGUAGAAGCUCAGACUAACAGAGAAAAUAACCAGAGUAGAGAGAAGACAAAGGAAAAUAAACUAAAGGAUAAGGAUGCACAUCUGAGAAAUGAAAAGGAGGAUUAUGAUUCCAGAAUUGCCACAUUAAAAACAACUGUCAGCCCUGAAAAAAGAACUGCUGGUCAGAUUGUCAGGACAGUGCAUAUGGAUAAAAUACUCGGCUGUCAAGAUACCAAAAUACUGAGCUGUUACCAGGAUUCAGGCUUCCCAAAAUGGGGAUAUCAAGAAAGGAGUCUUUCAGUAGAAGAAAAAACCCUGAAGGAUAGGGAAAACAAAAUAGUUAUUCCUCCUAAAAGAAAGCAAAACGUGUCUACAUCUUGUUCAGAGAAAACAAGAAGAUUGCACAUAAAUACCUACAUGUUACAUGAAAGAAGAUACAGCUGUACUCCUGGACAAGUAAAGUCUUCUGGAAAGUAUCCUAGUGAUAUCAGCAGUUUAGGAUGUGAAGAAAAAAGCAAACUCCUUGCAACUAUAGAACAAGCAGCAGCUUUUAUCACUACUAUGAUAUUUCAAGAUGGCUCUUCACAGCUCAACUCAGAGCAGGCCUCUACCUCAUCAGUAAAAGGAGUUGUUGUGCUGGUGAAGAAUCAGACUGAUCAGCCUUGUCCUCCAGGUCACACUUCAACUGGCUAUACUUGGAAUGCUGCAAAUGAAAAUGAUAAAUUAAUUUAUUUAAAAACUGAACAGUCAUCUCUCUGGGAACGGGAACAAGAACAAGCUGACAAGGAAUUUUCUUGGCAAGUGUUGUUUCAAAUGCUGCAGUGCAAAGUUCCAAUAAUUUGCUUCAAUGCAAAAGAUUUCCUGAGGACUCUACUUCAAAUUUAUGGUAAUGAAAUCAGCUGGAAACAAGUUGCCAAUAGUGUCGUGUUAGAUCCAAGGAUUGCAGCAUGGCUGAUAAACCCCAGUGACACAGUUCCUUCCUUUGAGUGUUUAAUACAGAAGUAUUUUGAAAAGCCUUUUUCAAAGGGAGCAGAAAAUACAGAUACAGGCACUUUGAGAAAUGUAUCUUAUCAACACUUAGGUGUGAACUUGGAGAAGCUUUAUAACGUAAUGAUGGACCUUGCUCAUGGCUUAAAGGCUCAAGGUUUGUGGAACUUAUUUUGCACAUUAGAGCUUCCACUUAUCAAAAUUCUGGCAGUGAUGGAAACACACAAAAUAUAUGUGAACAAACAAGAACUGAAAAAAACAUCAGAGAUUCUAGGGCUGCGGCUCAAAGAGCUUGAACAGGAGGCUCAUGAGGCUGCUGGAGAACGAUUCCUCUUGACCAGCAGCUGUCAGCUCCGAGAGGUACUAUUUGACAAGUUAAAGCUCCAUACCCUGUGUGAGAAACUUCACAGAACUGAAAUACAACAGCUCGUCUCCACCUCAGAAGCUGUGCUAAAUAAACUACAAGAUCUUCAUCCUUUGCCUAAGAUAAUUUUAGAAUACCGCCAGGUUCAUAAGAUGAAAUCAACUUAUGUGGAUGGACUACGAACAUGCAUGAAAAAGGGAUUCAUUUCCUCUACUUGGAAUCAAACAGGAACUGUGACUGGCAGACUUUCAGCCAAACAUCCUAACAUUCAAGGUAUCUCUAAACACCCAGUUACAAUUACAAAGAAACAGUACAUAAAAGGAAAAGAAGAGGACAUAAUAACUAUUUCCCCAAGAACACUGUUUGUUUCAAAAAAAGGAUGUUCAUUUUUAGCAGCAGACUUUUCCCAUAUUGAGUUAAGGAUCCUUGCUGACUUAUCAUCUGAACCAGAACUUCUGAAACUCUUCCAAGACCCUGAAAUCACUGAUAUCUUUGCUACACUGGCCUCUCAGUGGAAAGGGAUUCCAAUUGAACAAGUGAAACAUGCUGAUAGAGAGCAAGCAAAGCGUAUUGUUUACUCUGUGGUUUAUGGAGCAGGUAAAGAACGCCUCGCUGACUGCUUGGGAAUUACUCCUGUUCAAGCCAGUCAAUUUAUAGAGAGUUUUAUGCAAAAAUACAAGAAAGUGCAUGAAUUUACAAAGCAAACCAUUGAGCAGUGCCGGAAUAAAGGUUACGUGGUUUCCAUAAUGGGACGCAAAAGGCCCCUGGCCAACAUCAAUGCACAGGAUUACAAACUACGCACUCAAGCAGAGAGGCAGGCUGUAAAUUUUGUUGUUCAAGGCUCUGCAGCUGAUCUUUGUAAAAUGGCUAUGGUGAAGAUUUUUGCCUCUGUUGUCAUUUCUCCAACUUUAACAGCCAGGUUAAUUGCCCAGAUCCAUGAUGAAUUGUUGUUUGAAGUAGAAGAUUCUCAAAUCCAGGAAUUCUCAGCACUGGUAAAAAGAACAAUGGAGUCCCUGCAGGAAACCACGGCCUUGGAAGUACCACUGAAGGUUCCCUUGAAAGUGAUUCUCACCACUGGGAAAUCAUGGGGGUGUAUGACAGAAUUGCAGGAGAUGUAAAGCAGUCAUUGGGGAUGUUAUUCAGUACCCAAACACCUCAUUGGCCUGUGCUGAUUCCUGGCUGAAUCACUAGGCAACAGCGCUGCUGGAUCUUUCAUAAGCACCUAAUACUCUGCAUGUGAAUUUUUUUACUUCAUUUUGUCUGUAGCCCUAGGCAACAGCAGUGAGAUAAAACUGGUUUUUACCAGUUCAUUGUGUUUCCUUUAGCCAAGGUAUCCAGCAGGGAGCUGCUUUUGUUCACAGCUAAAUUACUACAUGUAAGAAAUGAAACAAGACAGUAUUAACCCUUUGGGAGCAUCACAAAUAUAUUUGAGUUACGCAGAUGUUCAGACUUUAAUGUUAAAUAUUUUGUGAAGUGCUUGUGUAGAAAUACUUAUAAGCUGGCAGUAUUUGAACUGUGUCAGAUGCUUGACUGUUGUGUUCAGCUUAUUUUGUAUUUUGUGAGUAGAAUGUACUGCUUGGUGUUCAUCACAUAUUAACUGUCCCAUUCCUCAGACUUAGAAAAAGAGUUAACGAACCUAAUUUUUGUCUAGAAUUUUGGAGCAAAACAGAUAAACAAAACUAGAAGCUUAAAUGUAUUAAAAAUAAGGAGGUUGUUGUCCAGUCAAUUAAUUUCAAACUGAGUUUGCACCAUAGCCUUAGCAUACUUUAGACAAAGUAUUACAAUUUUGCCUAAUCUAUUAUUUCUAUUGCUGAUAUAAUGACAAAUAUUGUUUAGAUAAGUUUUAGGAUUCAGCCUUAUCCUUUUUUAGGAUUCAGGCUUUUACUUCAACGUUCGGAUUUUUUAUUGGUAAUUCAUUUUCCUGUAGAGCUUAUUCUUCAAAUGAGAUUUGUUUCAUACCAUUACUGUUUUACAAAUUCUGUCUCUGUGCUUGUGGAAUAUGAAAUUGUCCUUGAAGUCUACUAAUUAUUCAGAAGUUAAAGUCAAGCACAAAACUUUUAAGAGUUGUUCAGUAUGUUUCAGCAUUAGAUGUCAAAUUAUCACAGUAAUACAAUUUAAAUUCUAGAACUGUAUGAUUGUAAAGACUU